AUGGACAUGUCCAUGAUUGAGGAUGACGGGACGCUUAGUCACGAAGAGGAAGCAUUCUAUUCGGAAAUUCGGGGCCUCGUCGUUGUGUUCCUAUUUUUUGUUAUCUUGUUCACUAUCGCUCAUUUGGCUCUGCAGUUCUUCACCGCCCGCCCUAACCCGGAUAUCAAACAGGACCGAGCAGAUCGCGUGGUUCAUCAGCUGGUGUUCGGGAUAUGCACUUUCACACUGACCAUCAGUUUGACCGGUUACAGUCUUUUGCCAUUCUCUAUUGCCGCUAACGAGGUUCUCCUCGGUUUCCCACAGUCCUACUACGUUCAAUGGUUGGAUACAGAUCUGGUAAAAGAUCUCUCACUAAUUGUGAAUUUGGGCACGAAAAUCUCCUGCUUGGCUCUUCCAUUCUCUUAUUUUCUUCUUAUUGCUCAUGGUUUUACUGCAUCUCCACACGCAUUCAGUUCCCGAUUUGUUGAGGCAGUCAGUUUACUUGUGUUUGUCUAUCUAUUGGUAUUUGGUACCGUGUGGUCCAUCGGAUCGUUUGUGGCCGCUUUGCACUCGUUGAUUAUGGGAGCAUCACCGGCUUCAAUGGUCGUUGACUCCACCUUUGAGGAUACCACUGUUCUCUUCCCAUCCACAACACAUGGCCUCCCACCCCUCAUCCCUGAUAGAAUAGUCGAAAGCAGUCCGCCUACGACACAUUCCAACAGUACUAACUUUUUCACCAUGCAACCUGUGUCCAUUUUGAUUCACUCUAUCCAAACGCUGUCGUGGUAUGAGUUCUGGUCCAAAUUCGUUCUCCACACAUUGAUCCGAAUGCUGGAAUCGGUUCAACUUAGUGCUUCCCUGUUCGGCUUGGUGCUUUUGUUCGCCUGCACUCCCAUCGGUUUGGUCAGUAUCGGAUUCUAUUUGAUUAGCACUAGUAUUCAAGCUCUCCCCAAUCUGACCACACCCAGGUCAGCACUCAUGGACCAGUUGGCUGAAUUACAUUUUGAUGUGCUCUGUUUGGAGGACGAUUUGCGAAGUGCGGAACUUCUCAAACCGACUGUGAAACCGAAUUGCCCAGUUGGCUUCACGCGUUGGUAUGAUCGAUUGAGCUUUUUGGCACAACAGCAAAAAGUUUGGCAGGUUGGUGAUUUGAACCACGUAACCAAGCAUAUGGUUCCGGUCAUACAUGCUCAGUUACCCGAGUUACGACGAGAGAUUGCCCGACUACGACGACGUAUGUCUCGCAGUAUGUCACUUGUGUUGCGCGAAUGGUCUCGACCAUUGAUCCCUUGUCUCGUGUUCGGGCUGAUCUUUUUCUUGCUUCAACUGAUGCAAACGUACGUCGUGUUCAAUAUGAUGGAACUUGUUUGGAAUCUGAUGUUUGGACCAGAUCAGUUGUUGCCGAGUAAAUCAAGUGCUUCAAUCGCAGGCACAUCAGCAGCCACAACGUCUACAGCAGCCGCCAACAGUGUAAUGAACAAAGUUUUGGUUUCCAACCUAUUCGGUGCAGAACAUUCACGAAUGACCAGUCGAUCAGCUGCAUCAAGUUUCACUCUCGGUCACAAACCAGUCUCUGUGUUUGGACAUGUCGGGGCUGUUUUACAGGUUAGUUUAUAUUUUCGGAAUUGCUGGUCCUAG